AUGAGUAUUGAUUCCUCUCAUCUAGAAAAAGCUGAUGGUAAGUGAACUAGGCCAAUAUAUCAGAAUUUAAUGCUUUCAGGUUUAUGCUAGAGUGUGAUCCUUUGAUAUUAUAAUACAAAUUCAGUUGGGAAAACUUGGGAGAAAAGAUGAGGCGACUGUUUGAGAGAAAAAAUGUAAAAGUUAUUAGAACCUGAGUGGGGAAGGUUGAAAUAAACUGAAGUACAGUACAAUGGCAACUAACAUGCAUUUAACUUGUGCACAUUCAGAUUUACGCAGAUGGCAAAAAAUAAGGUGGACAGGUGUCCGAGGGGGAGGGAACUUUAGCAAUCCCACCCACCAUUGCACCCAAUAUGCUUUGAUUAUAUGCAAUUUUGGCUUUGGUACAAACCCCAAAGUGUAACCCCCACUUAAAUUGCAGCCUCCUGUAGGUUAAUCUGGGUAUCACCCAUUUUACUACCUAGCAUGGGCAUAGCUGGGGGCGGAUGUUUGCCCCCAUGUGUUUUAAGGGUUGUUGUGUGUAAAAAAAGCUACUCUGCUGAUCCGUGGGGGUGACCUUGGAGCAGGCAUAGGCAAACUCGGCCCUCCAGAUGUUUUGAGACUACAAUUCCCAUCACCCCUGACCACUGGUCCUGUUAGCUAGGGAUGACGGGAGUUGUAGUCCCAAAACAUCUGGAGGGCCAAGUUUGCCUAUGCCUGCCUUGGAGGAACUCUGUUUAACUGUCUGUAGAGGAGAGUAAUAAAAAGAUGUACAUUUCAUUAUCUUGCCUAUCAUGCUGCAGAACACUUUAAAAAGUCGCUACUUAGAGGAAUCAACGAAGUUUGCAACAUUUCUUUCAUCAGUGAGUGUUAUGAAGUUAUUGGAUGGAGAAAGCGCCCAGAAGGCAAUUCACAAUAUAUUGGCGUUUCAUCCUGAAAAAGAUCUCUCAACAACUUUGUUAAAUGGGGUCGCCUGAGAGUGAUUUAAAGCUUAAGCUGAACAGAAAUCUGACCGCAAUUCUUCCCGGAAAGUACUAUCUAUAUACGGUGCCGCCCUGUCUCUUUGAAAGGGGUGCAUUUGGGACGCAGAGCCGUGGGAAAGCCUUAAAAAGAGGAAGGACCCGUGGUGUUGUUUUCAAGAAGAGAUAUCUCAUGAAAGCGCAUCAGCGGCGACGGCGCCCAACCACUUUCCCGUCGGUGAGAAACGAGGCAACCGCAGCGGGGAGACGCCGCACUGCCCUGCGCGCCUCAACGAGCCGCCGCGACUUUCGCAGGCUGAUGACGUGGCGGCUCGGCGUCGCGGCCCGAUUGCGUCCGUCUCGCGCGCCGGGGCGCUUCUGGAUGUCGCGAGAGUUGCGGGUAACGUCGGUUUACGGGGCCGGCUGCAGCGGGGAUGGCUGAGGAGCUGCCUGGAGCCGACGAGCGAGGCUCCACGGCCUGGUUUUCGCCGAGGAAAUGGCGCCCCGAGACCGGCCAGUAACCGCGUCCACUUUGCCAUGCGUAAACGCGGGGCCCGGAAACGCCUCAAGGCUCGGGCCGGCGACGUCUGCUUGGAGCGCGGUGAGUCGCUGAGGCCCAGUGCUAGUGACCGGGGCGGGGGGGGGAGGUGGAGUCGGCCAUUAUUGUUCCGGAUCCUUAAACUCUCGUUUUCUGCCUGUAGUGACCGUAGCCGAUUAUGCGAAUUCGGACCCCUCCGUGGUGAAAUCCGGCCGCGUGAAAAAGGCUGUGGCCAACGCGCUGCAGCAGGAAGGUGAGUUCGGGCUUGAAUGGCCCACGGAGGGUUUUUUCCCCGACCUGGAGAGUCGUUACAGAGGCUACUUAGAGCAUGUUGGCAUUAAAAAAUUAGCAAUCUGUAUUUUAGUGUCCAACGCUUUCGGGUGCCCUCUUGCCCUCUUGCCUUCCUCUACCCCCCCCCCCCCAAAUCUCGUAAACACUGCAGGAUUUAAUUAGGUCCCAAGGUAUGGUCUAAUCAUAGUACCUGGGACCACCACAUUGCCCACCAGGACAAGACCUUAAGCAACUAUAUUAAUUGUUUUCAUCACUGUAGACAUGUCAGAGUAGGAGGCUCCAUGUAUCCUUGAUGCAUGUAUAUGUGGGCCUUUAGAACAGAAGAGUGAGCACGUCCCUGUAAUCUUUUCAUUCUGAAGAAAUGGUACGCUCGCUAUCAGAAACUUAAAAACGCUGUUAUAGGCUAACAAACUAUUAGAGCCCUGUAGUCAAAUAACCAGAUGGUUAGUAUAAAUCAAUAAAUAAAAGUCAGCUACUUGCUUUUAUCAUAUCUGCUUUUUGGCCCCAUUACUGCUCUAAAUGCACAAACAUCUGAAGAUGCAAAUGACAGAAUUUCUAUGUGCAGUCUAGAUUGAGUAGUCCUAUCCCCUCUCAUGUCCCGAGUCCACAGUCCUCCAAAUCUCCCUUCCCCAUUUCACAUCUUAUGAUUUAUCUGGAAAAUGCUUGAUUUGGUUGUGUACUUUCUGCUGUUCAAUUACUGUUUAUGACUACCUUAAUUAUGUUUGUAAUUAUGGAUUUUCUUGUUGUAAUCUGCCUUGAGCAUGGUUUUAACUAUGGGAAGGCGGAGUACAAAUAAAAACAUGUAUGUGUGUACACAGCUUCUCCUCUAGGUGUAGGACAAACAUAUAGCAUUGUACCAGUCCCAUUUUCUUUUUGGCUUUUCUUAUUUCUUCCUCCCCAACUCCAUUUUUCAAUCAUCCAUUGACUCAAGUUUCCUGCUUUUCAGACCACUACUCUCUUGCUUGCUUUCUGUAACCAGAAUGUGUUAUGAGCUAGCCUUCCUAAAACUCCUCUGUAUACUAAGCAAACUUUUCUUUGAUUCUUCUUGUAUCAGUUUCCCUGUCACCUCUGAACUUUUCCCAAGCCCCAUUCUCUUACCAUAUGUUCAGAUUUCUCUUACUUAGUCUGUUGCUUGCUGUUCACCCUUCCUUCAGACCCGCUGCCUCUGGACUCCCUGUCUUGGCUUGCCUAAUUCCCAUUAUAGCUUCCCUGCUCUUGACCUUCUCCUGUGUAAAGUUUUAAUCAGAGCCAAACCGGUAACUUCCAUUCCUUAGGGAAUCUGGCCCGUAAACUAACUAGUUUACUUUGAAGCUGAACAUUUUGUGCUACCACACUACUUCCAGCAAUUGGAAAUUUCACCACCAGUGCAGAUAGCAAAUCAUGCUUGGUAAAAUAGGCUCCAUGUUGUUUUUGAAACUACCAGUUGGCUAUUUAUUUCUCCUCUAACAGUUGGAUUACUAGGAUAACAUUCAGCAUAGGCAUUUGCCAGCUCUUGUAUCUUAAUAUGUUUUUUCUUUGUGGUUUUAGCAAAAUCACUUUGUGGUUUGGAAGCCUCUUAUGUGCCUACUGAUGAAGUGUUAUCAGUGGCAGAAUCUUGUGAUAGUUGUGAUGAAAUGGAUUCUAAGGAUAUCACCAAUGAUUCAAUAUUGUCUGGAAAAAAGAAAAGCAAGAGACAUAAAGGUAAGAGCUGAGUUGAUUUAAUCAGUCAUUCCCAUUUGUCAAAUUAAUUACUUUGUGUGAGAGAGAGCUAUAUAGUUUCUCAAGUUUCUAUCCUUAUUUGGCAUGCAAGCUUCCUUUUUACUACCUCUGUAGCUGGUAAAAACCCUAGCCAACAGCCAUUGUAGACAUGCUCCAGCCAUGAAGCUUACUGGUUGAACGUGAGUCAGUUAAUUGGCUACCUGAAAUACGAUCUUAGAAGAUGAAGUUGUUUGAAUGGGCAACUCUUUAUAUUGCAGCUGACUAUGCUGAUAACUUCCUAGCACUUGCUGGGGAGCAAAGACUAACUGCCAGGUUCUUGAUUGUAACAUACUUGAUACUGUACAUUGCCUUGAGAUGUGCGUGGAAGACGAUUUUUAAAAAUUGAGUGUUUUAAAGAAAUUCCCCAUACAUGUAAUCAAUCAAUCAAAACAUUUAUACCCUGUCCUGGUGCAAAAGCACCACUUGGGAUGGCUUACAAAGUUUAAAACAUCAGUAGUAUAAAAAUGAUAUUAAACAGUCAACCAAGGAGGUUGGAACAACAAUUAAAAUCAAGCAUAAAAACAUUUAUUAACCACAUAUGACAAAAACCUGCCAGAAUAAAGUAGCCAUUAAUAAUCAACCAAGAAAAGGGGCAGUGGAGAGGGCCAACUUUACAUCAUGAUGCAAGGUGUUGUAAAUCUCACUUUGGAGCCUAGUUCUAGCAAAGCAAUGUCCAUUUCUUGCUAGCCUUGAAGACUUGAUAGGAUGAGUGUCAGUAACGGGUUUUUUCCCUUUCCUUCAGAUGAUUCUGAUGAGGUGAUAGGCAAAGACUAUCCCAUUGAUAUUUGGUUGGUGCUGGCUUCCUACAUACGUCCAGAAGAUACUGUGAAUUUUUCUCUUAUCUGUAGAAAAGCCUGGAUUGUCACUUGUACUGCUGCCUUUUGGACCAGACUUUAUAGAAGGUAUGACAAUUUAUAACUGUUUUUUUGUCAGUAGUAAUUCAUCAUACAGGAAGAAUGGAGAAUUGAACUGUAGGCUAGUUUUGAUGCAGGAUGUGGUCUGCAGUCCUCCCAUGUGCAUAACAUAUAACUGGCACACUGCAUGGAGGUCAAAUUAAUGGAAUUCUUUUCUUGUGCAGCAGUAGGGAGAUAUUAUAUGGCUCACUGGAUUUUGACACAAAGCUUUGCAUUGGCUUUAUGAACGAUGGACAAGAGAGCACACCAGUGUCUGCAUCACAGGAAAGAGGCAUAAUUGGCUAUAUCUCUAUGUUGACCAGCUCAGUGUUUUGUGUAGUACUUGUUUUUUUCAGCUUCUGCUAAAGUAACUGUAACUGUAAAUAUACUAAUUGCUGUUAAUGUGACUACACUUGUAUUACUGUGUGAGGGAGGAUAUUAUAAUAUAGGUGAGCAACACUUAGACAGUCUUUAUCUCUUCCGCUGUAUUAGCUAUUGUACUGUACUUUUGCUUUUACUUUUGCCUGUUCUUCUCUCAGAGCUGGAGAGAGAGGACGCCUGAAUCCCUUUGUCUGUAUGUAGUGUAUAAAUAAAUACGUAGAUUAGCUCUACAGUGUCUCACGCUUCUUGCUGUGUUAAGCUAGAAGAUUAGUGUGCAUAUAUCAUUUGAUUUAUUUCGCUGAAGUGUACUGGAGAAGAAGAGAAAGGCCUAUUCCAGAGCUGCGCAUACCAGAAGACGCUUGAGUUCGGGGCUGCAGGGGCACCCCCAGGCUGUUUUCCAACAAUCUGGUUAUCAGAUGUAUAUGAUAAGUGGAUGAAUGAGAAUGGGAAAAGGCAUAAUGACCUGGUACAUUCAGCUAGUAUUCCUUUUCAGUUUUUUUCUACAUUAAUCUUACUAACAAGAUUUUUCAUGUAGGUAUGAUCAGCAUUUUUAGAAUGCUGAACUAUCUGGUUCUCCACUGUAAACCUGGACUUUGAUUAUGCAUAGGUUGACGAAUAGUACAGGAGAAAAAUCCAUGGUGGCGAACAUUUAAAAUAAAUGUGAUGGGGGGUGUUAUAGGGUGAAAUAUGACUUUCAUACUUGGAGCAGACCAAAUAAAAUGGUGAACUUUACUAACUUUAGUCCAUUGAUUUCAGUGGGUCAAAUCUCAGUGGGUCAAAAUGUCAGAUACCUGCCAUUUUUAGUAUUUUUCUGGGUUUACCUAAAAGGGCAGGGAUGCUGAGGCAGAUGGAACCUCCCUUCCCUCACCAACUAAGAUACAUGAGUGGGCUGCAUGCGCUCUUCACAUUAGUUUUAGUGAGGGUCAUUGCUCUUCCACUUUUUUUAUUAGGAGAUGUUAAGAUGCCUUGUGGAGUUCUCAUUCUAAUUCCAGUGUUGGCUUAGUGCUCCAAUCCAUAGAUCUCUGACACACAACCAGGCUACAUGAACAUAACUUCAAAUGAAUCUAUGCUUGACAUUAUGUGGAACAGAUAGUUGAUACUGGAUUUGGAGAGGUUGUGGCCAAAAACAGAAUACAUCUCAAAAGGGGGAGCAAACUCUGUCUGAGAAACACUUUGCAUGAAAUUUAGUAUUUGUCUUACAUGAAUUUUUGUUUGCAUUUUAGGCACUACAACAGAAAUGCAUCCCUUCCGGUCCGUUUACAGCCAGAGUCAGUGGAAAAGUUGUACUGCCUUCGUGCGUGUGUAAUUCGGUCUUUGUACCACAUGUACAGACCUUUUGUUUCUCAGGUAGCCAGGAAUCCAGCUAUCCCAGAAACUACACCAAGCACUCUCAAAAAUUCAAAAGUAAGUUUGAAGAAAUGUGCUCUUAUCCAAGUGGUGUGGUGUUGUAUUUCUGUUGAAGCAGUGAAAUGCAUGUGUUUGAGCCCACUUCUCAACUCACAUUUUUGGACAGGAUUUGUUUUUGCCAGCAGCACAUUUGUGCAUAUUUACUUACUGUUUAUUAAAGCCUUGGCUCUGGAUUUCUGCGGGCAUCUUAUUCUAUGAGUGCCUGAUCUUUGACCUGCCAAAGCAGAAAUUAAGAUGUUUACUCUUAAAAUACAAGAUUAACAUUUUCCAUGUCCAUUGGCAAUGUGUAUGCACAACUAAUAUCUGUUUCAAAGCAGCUUGUACUCCCUUGUCAAAUUUUUCUUUCCUAGGAGGUUGUGAGCUAGCCAGUUCCCAAUCUAAUGGAAAAGAAGGAUUGACAUCUUUGAUUCUUCAUGUUCACAUCACAACGGCUUUGGUGUCCACAGCUAAUAGUGCAGUCAUACUAACAAUCUACAUCCCGUGUAUUUGUAAAUUAACUUUAUAAAAGGAAAUUAAAUGUCAAAAAUCUGUGUUGCAGUAACAGUUAUGGUUUUGCUUAAAUUCUGCAAGCGUAGGCAUUUGCCAUCAAUCUUACUUCAUUGCACCUUUGCAUUAUUGAAAUGCAAGUUACGCAUUUGUGUAUAUAGCAGUGUGUUUGCGCACUGUGCAGCCACAGAGCCUCUACACUUUGAUUUGGGUAUUCCUCAUUUAGAGUCUCCUCUCUCUUACGGGAGGUGACCGCAUUGAGCAUGCAAGGCAGAGGAACUUGGACCCUUUGGUUACUGAAUCCAGAUCUUGUAUUUAAUUUCCCUUUCUCUUUCCCAGUGUAGCUUCUGUGGGACACUGGAGCCGUUGUGGUGUCAGCAGAAGUUUGCCCUUAAGGACAUCCCCACUGUUUGGAGCAGCAGGCCACAUGGUACACAUCUGAAGGGUAGGGCAGCUGACAUGUGGAUGACGUCCUCAGCCCCUUAGGAGGUAUUCAUGUGUUAAACUACUUUCCUCCUUGUAAUUCAUGCCCAAGGCUGCUCAGAGGAGUGGGAUAGUUAACAGGGGAGCAUGCUUCUGACAAGCUAUGAAGAGAGGCAAGUUUGCAUGAAAGCUCCUUGCUGCAUGCUUCUGAACUUAACUAAAAUUUGGCUUGUGCAUGUCUCCUUUAUGAAGAAUGAAGGUUUGAUGCUUACAAUAGAUAGUUACUAGUGUAGGCUCUUAUCUAUACAAUACCUAGGACUAAAGGGAAGAAUCACCCUUGAAUAGAAGAGUGUCUCCUUCUUAUUGUCUGUAAGAAGAAUGAAUCAGCAAUUGUUGCCUUUGGACUUGGGUCUUUUUCUCUCUUGUUUGGAGGGGAUUGUUUAGUAAUAAUAAAAACUCAGCAGUUUACAAAAGAUAAAACAGUAAAGUCAAGAAAAAUACAACUCAACUUGAAAGCAUACACAAGUUAAAAUACAUAACAUAUUAAAAUUACCUCAACUUUCUAAGCAUCUGGAUAGGCUUGUACAGUGGUACCCCGGUUUUUGAGGGUCUCGGAAGCCAAACAUUUCGGUUUUUGAACACCGAAAACCCGGAAGUAAUUGCUUCCAUUUUCAAACAUGCCUCGUAAGUCGAACGGCUUCCGCUGCAUUGUUUUUUUCAAAUUUCCCCAUUGACUUUGCAGCUGCUCUUCGCGCCUUGGUUGUCAAACAGUCUUCCGGAAUGGAUUACUUUCGACAACCAAGGUACCAUUGUAUAAACAGGAAUGUUUUUAGCAGGCACCAGAAGAGUACAGUGAAGGUACGUGAUUGAUCUCAAUGGGCAGGGAAUUCCAAAGUGCAGGCUCUGCCACAUUGAACAAUCAAGUUCUUACAAAUGCAGAACAGGUAAUAUGUGGCACCUGCAGAAGGGUCAAUUCUGCCAAUCAAAGCAGUCAUGGAUGCAUGUAGGGUUAGGUGAUCUUGUAGGUAAACUGGUCCAAAGUUGUUAAGGGCUUUAUAUACCAAUAAUAACACCUUGAACCUGGCCCGCUAGCAAAUCUGCAAUCUGUAGAUCUCUGAGCGUUAACAUGCUGACAAGUCUUUAGCCCUGUCAGCAAUCAUUCUGCACCAACUGCACCUUGAUAACUGUAAGUGUAGGUGUAAAUUGUCCCAUGUGGUUAUAAACUUAUCUACAGAAUAUAUGCCCCUAACCUGAAUGCACAACUAUGUGCCCUGAAGCUUCAACUAAUAAUAUACCAGUAGUUCAUCUUAUUGUCACUUUUCUGCUCUUGGUUUCUUUAUUUUCAGGUGUUUCAAUGUGAGUGCUAUGUGCAAAUAGCUAUAUUGCAUGACUGGUUUGUGUCAUGUUUGACACAGAUUUCACAUGUAAUGUUUGGGGCAGAAGCAUGUUUUAAGCUUUUAGCAAGUGCUAUGCUGCCUCAUAGCACUGUAAAAAAAUAACAAUUUGAUUCAUGGGCAAUGCAAAGUGUAUUAAUUUGACUAUGUACAAACUGCUUUAAAGCAGUUUUGUUGUUGUUGUUGUUUUAAAAAGAAACCUUUCUCUUUUCUGCAUCAGUGUCUGCUUUUCUGGUCUAAAAAAGUUGGUCGACAGCCUUCACUGUGGGAAUUCAGCUUCAAAUUCCAAAGGCAGGUAUGAAAGCUAAACAACUUAGUAAUUUCAUGGAUGUUAUUUAUAUACCACAAUAUAGUAAAAUAAUAAACAUAAUAUUAAACCACAAUUGAAAACAGACAUAAAAAGCAGCAAUCGAAAAUAUUUCAGGAAUAGUCUGCAGUUAUGAAAGUUUAUAGAUAUGGAAUCAGUUUCUAGCAAACUAAUGGGCAUAUUUCUUUCAAGAAUAAGUCUUUCAAGAAUAAGUGUUUGAAACAUCUUCAACCACCCAUCCGGUACAAAGAUGUCCACAUGAACCCUGACCAAGACUGCUGUCUGCUGCAGAUCACUACUCUUGAUUUCAUAUAUAUUCCUAUAGUCAUGGGCAUGACAGUUACAUUGGUAAGUGUUAGAACUUCUGUACUUUUCAACCAUAGCUUCAAAAAUAUGUCCUGUGCAAUCUUUCUACCAGUAUUGCUAGAAAAAAAAAUUAUAUUGUGAGGAAUUAUUUCCUCAAAUGAUAAAGCUUAUUCUUAAAAUUUGCACAUUCAAAUCCUAUAGUAAAUAGCGUUCAUAUUUGACAGGUCCAGAUCUUAAUGUUUCUGAUUUAUCUUAUUUGCAGUUCACGAUAAAUGUGAGCACCGACAUGAGGCAUCACAGAGUGAAAAUGGUGUUCCACGAUUCUCCCGUUUGGAGUGGCAAGAAACACAGAUUUGACCAUGGAGUGCAAGUUGUAAUGGACCCUGUGCACAGUGUGCGCCUUUUUGAUUGGUGGCACCCACAGUUCCCUUCUUCAUACACCUGAAAACUCUCAAGUAGUUUGUCAUAUGAACUGGAAAAAAAUUCAAGAAUCCUGGUUAUAUUUGUAGACUAUAUACCAUCUCCAUAAAUGACUAAACUUGAUAAGUCAAGUCUCUGUAUUUGGUCAGCAAUGGGAGGAAUAUUUUAUGAUAAGGUUGCAUAAGCACUUAUGGAAGGCAUUUUAUGAUCGGGGGCGGGGGGAAGCUUCAGCUAAAACUUGUCUGGUGCCAAUGAAAAUUAUCACCACCUUUAUGAGAAAAGCCUAUUGUUUCUAUAUAGAAUGACAGUUCAGGUACUAGUGGUAUAUCCAAGUUAAAGUGAUAGUUUCUGGUGAUCUCUUUACAGCAUACUUGGACUGGUGUGCUCAGUAAGGAAACUACAAGGACUGCAGGGUUAUAUAUCCUCACCAGUCUUGAUUACUUCUAGCAGGACUUACUCACUCUAUGCCUUGGACAUAGAUAGUUCACAGACUAUCUUUGUAGAACAAAGGUGAAGUAGAACUGAGAGCUGACUUGCUUAAAUGUGUGUCUUCAGAAGAUACUGGCUGUAGUAGAAAGUUCUCUUUAGCUCGGUCUGCUUGCACAUGCUAUAUAACUACUUCCCUGUGUACUGUACUUCAGGGAACUGUAUAAUUAUCUUAGUCUCAAUUUUGCAGCAAUUGGAGGAAUGCUUACUACCUUGCUAGCUUAUUAGGAUUUCUUGGAGUAAUUGGUCUAUAACAAAGUCACUUCUGACUUGGAUAAUAUACUAGCCAAAAUACUGGAAAAUUCUAUAAGCAACUUGCCCAUAAGGCUCCAUUUUUCUUAGCUAUAGAAAGAAGAUACAUGGUCACCAAAGUGUAGUGUUAGGGUAGACAGUUGGGCAAAACAAGUUUUAACAUAAUGUCAUUGGGUUGUAUUCACAGAACAUUUUCCCCUUCUCCUCCCCCGGUGCACCAAUUAAAUAUGUUCUGUGGCUUUCCCUAAUACUUUGAAGUAUAUUUUGGUUAGGGAGGGGGAGGGAAAGUCCUGUUGCCUAGGUGGAACUUGGGCUUGCACAGUUACUUAAUUUAAUACCACCCAUUAAUUGUAGAAAUUAUUAAACCUCUGCAAGUCUUGCCUCUUCCUCUUGAGCUAUUCAACAGUGCAGGCCGAUGAAGAGCCCAUUGACAAGAUGUGAGGAAGUAAGAUAAGACAAUAAAUAUGUAGGAAAUCUGCAACCUUUCAUCUGGCAAAUAGUGUCUCCCCCCUGUCUAUUUAGCACCUUUGCUAAAUGCCACUUGAGGGAGACCCUGCCUUUUCAUAUUCAUGGUCAUUACACUACACCUGACCCUCACUUCCUACCCAUUUAGGUAUCAAACAGGUGAUGCAUAGGAAGGAAAGGGGUCUGUGACUUGCAUUGACAAGCCACAAAGUAAAGGAUAAAGAAUUGAAGCUGGGCAUUCAAAUGAGAUGGCUAUUGUCUGGAAGUACUAUCUCAGGCUUGGACAAUGCAGUAGUUACUUUGCUAACAAAUUGAAGGUGGGUUCUAUUUGAAUAGGAAACAGCUAAGAGCAGCAGAUGUAUGCAAGUGAAGGAACCAAUGGGAAAAUCACAGGCUAAGGAAAAGAAAGUGGUGUGGGAGCUAGCUUUAAAGGGAACCUGAAUUUGCACUAUCCCUCCCACUCGGGUGCAGCUCUUUUCUCCUUAUAUACACACACACACACACACAGAGCACACUUGGUGGGCAUUUUAUGUAUUUAUUAAAAGCAUUUAUAGCCCACUCUUCAGCCAGAAAAACUGCCAGAGUGGCUUACAAGUAAACAGAAAUAACAUCUAUAUAUAAUCCUACUUUGAAUACUGUUAAAUUCUAUUAUUAUAAAGAUCAAAUUCAAACUACACAUAACAUGGUUUGAGGUGAAACUGGUGACUGGCUCAAGAGAUUCUUGCACUUGCUGCUUCUCUUCACUGUGGUUUUGACUUCUACAACUCUUGCAUUUAUUAGAUCUUGUAUGAGUUUUUGCAACGGCACGGUUUCCUCACAUUUCCUUUUCUUGUAUUUGAUACCCCUAUUUCAGUUCUCCUGGGACCUUUUAUCUGAUUAUCACCUUAAUAGUGGGAGGCUUUCUGCUUGGUGCGUAGUUCUUCUAUAUUGCAAAGAUCAGUGUGUUUGGCUUUCCAAACAGAAGAACAUUUCAGGUGUUGGUGUCAAGUGGCAUUUGGCAUUUUCUGAGUUAAAUUUUUCCUUCCUCGUGAGCCAUAAAACUG